GUUGUCGGCCGAAUUGGAUAUGGUCAUUGAGAUCCGCUGCCAACUGGAGAGACUAUUCGAGCCAUUUACCGUGGUUCCGCUCUGUCAAUCUGGCAGCUGUCCCUGUCGCCAUAGCACAGGAUCACUAGGAGAGGUCACUUCUUCUGUCACUAGCAGCGGCAGCAACCUUAGUUCUGUACUCUCCAGCCUUCUUCCGAGUGGGCUUUCAUCUCCUCUCACUCCCUCAUCCUCUGUGCUCCCUUCGAUUCUUCCGGUCUCAAGUUCCGCAUCAAAUACCUCUGGAAUCCCGGCCACCGUUAAUACUACGACCUCAGCGACUGGUGACUCUGGCCAGCCAACCGUGUCCGAAGCUAUUGGAAAACGUCGUGGGCGUAAACCGACGUUACCUCUUUUGAACCCCGUGUCCGGCCAGCAGCCUACGACACUUCAAGCGGCUCCAAUGGCCAUGCAUUCUAACCACGAGCCCGGUUGCUAUGUCAUCCUGAGGCCUCCUCCCGGCUGCUCUGCCGCUUGGGCUGACCUUGCCCAUCCUGACACUCUGGUCAGCAUCACUUUUAAUAAUAGAUAUGAAGCUUUGGGCUAUAUUAUACUUUUUUUCGUUUUAAGUAGGUUUUCGAAACAUCCAGCAGAUUGGAUAUAUGACAAGUAUUCACACUAUUUUUUAAGUUGA